AUGAACUUUACUCAAAAAGGUGAGCGAAAACAAAAAGUGGUAAAAAAAAACAAGGACAUUUUCCCAUUUUUAUAGACAUAAUAUCACAAAACUAGAAUAAUCAAGUGAGAAAUGCCUACUCUUCCGAAGAAUUAUUUAUUUUGUUAUGACAGGGCCCGGAAUGCAUUAACAAAGCGUCGAGCGGCAAUGUCUGUCAAAUCUAGCGGAUCAGUGUUCUCUAGUGACCGAAUUUUACAUUUAACGGGGCCUUUUCAAUACUUUUGAAAUGCCCAGAAAUUUUUCCCGCGAUUCUAUUGAAAGGGAGUUCCGUAAAAAUAAGGAACAACAAGAGGCAGGGUUUUCUGGAACUAGAACACAAAUGUUAUUAAUAAAGAAACCAUCGGAAAGAAUGAGACUAAUAAAAACGUAAAUAGGGUUAGUUAGCAUUUGUAGAACAUACACUAGUCUGUUUACAAGACGAUCGAAUACUAGAGCGUGACUAUUCUUCCCAUUUGCUCAGAAUGCUGGUGACAACCAAGGAAACCGGAAACUGGACCCCACAUAAACCCAAUCUAUUUUGAACGAAAAAAGAAAAAAAAAACGAUUGCAAGAUUCAAUUUCGCUAGAUUUUUCUCUUUUUCUUUCCUCAUUGCAAGAUAAAGGGAGAAAGGCGGAAAAGAUUGGCACGUAGGAGCGUUUGUAUUCACUAUCUCUAUUGAGACCUUUCAUCGUUUUCACGUCACUCCUCACAUCAUUGCGCCUCCUUCACGGUGCUUUUCCAUCUGGGCUGUGGCACAUAAAAAAGAAGACUAUUGAGAAGGAAAAAGAAUUACAAACAGAACAGUGCUAUGCGCUUCUUGCAGCUCCGCAUUAUGAACAGUAUAACUUCUCGCUUGGCUUAUGUGCUGUAAUCCAUUCCGCCGUGGCCAGAAAACCCGUCACGACCCCAUUUCUACACAAGAGUUCCAGAGGUUUGCCUAGAAAACCGCACUACAUGCACGUCUUAAUCAAACAGUCGGUCACAUCAAUGAAUCUCUGAGGCAGUUGACCAGCCAUCUAUGCUCUCGGGACACCCUUCCAGCCGUCUGUCUGUAA